AAGCCGGAGCGCUCUUCUCCGGGGAUCCACAGCCUCAACCAGCCGCUGCCGACAUGUCUCAGGCUGCGGAGAGACUCCGACUCAUCGCCGGUCACCUCGACCGGCAGGCCGCCGCCAUUAGAGCGUCGCCUACAUCAGCUCAAGCACUGAUCUCCAGUCCAUCGCCGCGUCUCAGGUAUUCUUUGGACAAUGACCUGUUGACCCCGGAGCAGAGACUCUUCUAUGAGGAAAAUGGUUUCCUUCUCAUCAAGAAUCUGGUGUCUGAAGAGGACAUCAACAGAUUCAGGAAGGAGUUUGAGCGAAUCUGUCGACAGGAGGUGAAAGUUCCCGGACUGGUGGUGAUGAGAGACGUGGCCAUCGCCAAGUCCGAGUUCGUCGCAGAUCAGAAGGCCGUCUCCAAAAUCCAGGACUACCAGGAGGAUCCCGAGCUGUUCCGGUACUGCAGUUUACCCCAGAUCCUGAAGUACGUGUCGUGUUUCACUGGACCGAACAUCAUGGCCAUGCACACCAUGCUGAUCAACAAACCCCCCGAUGCAGGUAAGAAGACGUCUCGCCACCCGAUGCAUCAGGACCUGCAUUACUUCCCGUUCCGGCCGUGCGACCGCAUCGUCUGCUCCUGGACGGCCAUGGAGAGGGUGAACCGGCAGAACGGCUGCCUGGUGGUCCUGCCGGGGACGCACAAGGGCUCGCUGCUGGAGCACGACUAUCCGGAGUGGGAGGGUGGCGUGAACAAGAUGUACCACGGGGUGCGAGACUACGACCAGGAGCAUCCCAGGGUGCACCUGGAGAUGGAAACGGGCGACACGGUCUUUUUCCACCCGCUGCUCAUCCACGGCUCGGGCAUGAACCAGACGGACGGCUUCCGCAAGGCCAUCUCCUGCCACUACGCCAGCAGCGACUGCUACUACAUCGACGUUCAAGGAACCACGCAGGAGAACAUCUCCAAGGAGGUGAUCGAUAUCGCGCAGAGGAGGUUCGGCACCGAGGUCUCCUUCCAGGACUCGUGGGCCUUCAGAGGUCGUCUGGUGCAGGGAGAGCGGAUUUCAAUGUGAGGACGCUUCAAAGGGGAAGAAAAAUAAGAUCUUAAUAUUUGUAGUUUUUCUAACAUAUGGUGCCUAAUUUCCCUCGAGUUUGUUCAGUCACUGUACUUUAAUCCCAGGACGACACAUAAUGUGCAAAUACAAAGAGCAUCAGCAUUGCCUUAAAGCACAGCUUAAAUCGUGAAGUGUGGAUAAAACUGGUUAGACUACUUCAAAAAUGUGAUAUAUGUUGAUCAUGUUGAGACUGAGAGGUGGGAUGAAACAAGGUACUUUUAGAUAAAAUAUGCAAAUAUAGUACUUAUGAGCCAGCAGUCGGCCUUUCUUGUGCCUUUAAUGUGAUUUUUAGUGUUUUUUGCAAUGAAAUAUGGGAUUUGUUACCCAAAAUCGUACUAUGACAAAUGUAAUGUACAGCAGAGAUUAUUAAUAAACUAAACAGAGUCUG